AUGACUUACACUAUCACCCAGUCAGAAUUACAGAGUGAAAUACAAAAGAUUAAAAAUGAAAGUGCAACAUUUCAAAAACAAAGGAAAGCAUUGAUACUGGAGAAUGAAAGAUUAAUGUCAUUAAUUAAAGAUCAUAAUGUACCAGUAGAACAGAAAGAAGAGACUGAGAUAUUACAAGAGACUGAGACUUUGUUAUACUUUCCUACAGAUAAUUUGGAAGGUCUGAAUGAGUCCCAAAUAGCAGGGAAGAAGUUGUUCUUAGUUCAAGGAGACAAACCUCAACUGAUGAACUGGGAGGAGUAUGGACUGAGGAUUAGUGUAGCAGAGGAUAGUCUAUCAGCAUCAGAGACUGUAGAAGUAUCAGUACUAGCUCUUGUAGGAGGACACUUCAAGUUUCCUGAUAAUACUAGACUAGUGAGUGCAGUGUAUGCAAUAUCAACCAGUCCACUCCUCAAGUCACUGAGGAUAGAAAUGCAACACUGUAUCGAUCUCAGUGAUCCUUCUUUAUCCAAGUAUCUUAAAUUUGCUGUUGCUCCAGUUCACACAGCUAGUCUUCCUUACCAGUUCUCACUAAUUGAAGGAGGGGAGUUUCCAGCAUACCAGAGAUAUGGAUGGAUUGAACGAAGCAAGUUCUGUCAAUUAGCUAUUGUUGGGGAGGAAGAAGAGGGAAAUGGAGGAGGUAGGAAUGAGGAGAGGAAUGGAGAGGAAGAUGGAGAGUCAGGAGAUGAGGGAGGGAAAGGAAAGGGAGAGACAACAGGAGGAGAGGGACAAGGAGCAGGAGGACAAGAAGGAGGAGCAAGUGGAGGAGUAGAGGUUGAGCAUCAGCAGCAAAAAGAAGAAGACAAACAAGUUGAGGGUCAACUGAAGCAAGAAGAAAAGAAUAAGCAGGAGAAAGAAGAGCAUGACAAUGGAGGAAGAGAAGGACAAAAAUUGUUACUGGUGAAAGAAAGUGAACAGCAUAUUGAGGAGCUGUCACAAGUUGCUGUUGGUACAGAAUCAGUUGAAUUAAGCUCUCAGUCUACAAUUGUUGUAUCUACUCAUUCCACUGGUAUACCUGAAGCUACAGUGUAUGCUGGACAAGUGUUUUAUCAAAGAGAAGAGAGAAGAGAUUUAAUGAGAUUCACUGCUGCUAGAGACCUGAAUGCAUUACUUCGGUAUAUUGAAAAAAAAUAUUCUCAUCCAGAAAUGGAUCAAAGUAUUAGUUUUAAACUCGCAUCACCAAAACGAUGCAUUAAAUUAAAAUUUGAUGAGGAGCAAACUGAACCAACAACUGGAUGGAGAAUUAAACCACAUUUGGAUCCAUGUCAGAUCAGGGAACAUGAAAUUCUUCGUUUCGGUGACAAUAGUACUACAGUCCCUCCAUUUUGUUUAGUAUCAAUAUAUGCUGAGAAUAGUCCCCAUACUGUACCUAACUUGAGUUAUUCUGUACCAUUGAAAGGUGUGCAAGAACAAAUGAAGAUUUUUAUUAAUAGAUCACUGAGAAAUUUACUAGAUGCACCUCAUUCUGUUGGUACUAAAGAUGUUCCUAAUCCUGGUUCACAUAAUGACCUCAAGAAGCACCUUAAUGAUCUGAAACGUUUCCUUUCAACUUCAGAAUUAUCAAUGUUUCGUGACAUAGCUAAUGGUUGUAAGGACAUAAAAAUUAUUAAUUCUUCUCAGUAUAAUGAGUUAUUUGAUGGGAUGAAUCGCCAGUCUUUAUCUGAAAGAGUGGGACUUUUUGUUCAGAAAAUUACAAAUACAAUUGAAUUUUGUCCUGAUCACAUUAGUACAUUCUUGUUUAUACUGAGGGAACAGGAUCAUGUUGUUCUUUCUACAUUAGCUGACAGGAUUGCUGCUUCAUUAGAUAGAUGAACAAGAUAAUGAUUACUGGAGCAAUGACAUUGUAUGUUUUAAUUUUUUAUAUGGACUUUUUACUUUAUGUGUUGUGUGUGUACUUUUGUGUUUGUACAUAAGUUUAAAAAUUUAGGAA